AUGAAAAGGCGAGUCGUUGCAGUUUCAGAAUAUAACAUGACUUCCACAUCGUUCAACGUUGGUCUCGGUGACGGCUCCCGGCUCUCGAGCAGGGUGCUUCGCCCCCCGGGCGGCGGUCACACGGACAUCUUCAGCGGGGAGGCCGAACCUCCGCGUGGAAGACGUCAGGUCCCCGCCGCUUCCGGUAUCAUGUUUGGCCAUGGAGAUGAAUCAUCUAAAACAAAUGGUGCUCAAGCACCGAGCCAAAAUGGGGCUUCUGAGGCCUCUACUCCACCACAGCCAGAACCAGAACCAGCUCAGCCUGCUCCGCAACAGGAAGCUCCAGCUGAGCCAGCUGCUGCUGUCCAGCCAGUGCCACCCAAGGAGACUAAGACCCCAGCGGUCACCCCGACUGAACAACCCAAGACUGAACCGCCUAAGAGGGUCCGAGUGCCCCCAGGAGGCUUCUCGUCUGGUCUCUGGUAA